CAGACAACACUUUACUGCUGAUGUGUCUGUAACUUGCAGCUCUACAUCUUCUGCAAAUCAGCUUGGGCACAGUUUAAGGACACAGUGUAAGGUGCUCCAUUUUGAUGUUAAGAUGGUGGUUUUCCUAAACAGAUUUUUUGCAUUCGUUCUCUACCUAAGAGCAUCAUCUGCUAGUGUUGACUCUUGGAAUGCUGAAAUACCAAAGUCAGUAGUGGGUCUGUCUGGAUCAUGUGUGGUGAUCCCUUGUAAGUUCAACUACCCAGAUGGAAAGACAGACAAUGAAUUUACAGGAAUCUGGUACAAAGAUGCAUCUGAUGUAAUCUACCACAAAGAGACUUCCAAAAUCAUCAGCAAAUUCAAGGAUCGCACAACUCUUCUUGGUGAUCUGCAUCACAAAAAUUGCACUUUGAAAAUCAACUCUUUACAACACAACGAUGCUGGACCGUACAUGUUUCGCAUCGAGAUUAAAGAUUUCAAGUACUUAUACAAGGACAAUAAAGUUUCUAUAACAGUGAAAGAUUCACCUGAACAACCCAUCAUAUCUGUGAAUGACAAAGUGAUGUCACAGAAAGAAACAACUGCUACCUGUAUUGUGUCACAUUCCUGCCCGUCUGACCCGCCCCAGAUCACCUGGAACCACAACGGCGUGCCCACAAGUCAAUCACAGUCACAAGACCACGGUCAAUGGAGAUUAACAUCAUCGCUGAGCUUCACACCCUCCAGAGAAGAUCAUAAUAAACCUCUCAACUGCUCUGCAAACUACAGUGGUGGGAAAAAAGUGACCAGCAGCAAAACACUCAAAGUUAGAUAUCCUCCUGAGAUUAAAAACGAGUCUUCCUGUAAAUUAGAGCCUACAGUCUGUGUUUGUAUCGUGGACUCCAACCCACCCAGUGAAGUUAAGUGGCUUGCUCCCUCAACAGCUUUCCCCAGCUCUAGCAUUGAACAAAAUGGGUUUCUUACCAUCUUUACCCUUCAUGGGUGGCUGGGUUUCCCUGACGCUGUCCAUUGCUUUGCCAGUAACAGCGAGGGAAACUCUGUCAUAACUAUCCAAGUGCGUCAUCAUGGUAUGAUCAUAUAUAUUGCGGUUGCCACAGCUGCUGUUUUAGUUACUUUAGUAAUCAUUUCAGUUUGUGUAGCCAAAAGACACUGUAGGCGCAGAGCUCAGGAACAGCAUUUGAUGGAUUUGAAAGCUGACCCGAAUGAAAUCCCGACAACCCCAAAGUCUGUCUUAAACAGCAAAGAAGAGAAAAGCACUUACAUUUACACAAACAACAAAGAUGACUUGAAUGUUUAUAAGAACUGGGAGUGUGAUGACAAAGACCUGCCAUGUGGGCAAGAUGAAGAUGAAGCAGUCUAUGCUAACACAUAAAUAAAUUAACACAUGAAUAAACUGUUUGUAUUAAUUAAUUAGAAAGGUAAAGUGCCUCACGACAUCUAUUUCCUUGGCUAUGCAAUUUCUGUGCAAUUAAUUUCUAAUGACUUAAAAAAAAAUUCAAGUGUUUUUUUUAAUAAGGCGUAGCAUUGAGUUCCUUAAUUCUAUAUCAGUGUAGGUAGCAAAGCAGUUUUGUUUUGAGGGCAAAAGUUUCAUUUCCAAUUAACAGUUUUGACCCAAACUACUGUUCAUUUUUAGCAUUAUAUUUGAACUAUUUUCAUAUCUAAUACAAAUUUGCUGCUGUGAUAGGCUGAUUUGGCUCUAAUCCUUGUAUGGUCUAUGAACAGGUGCAAAGCAAUUCUUGUAUAAAUGAUUUGGAGAAAAAUGUCAUAUGAGUUAGUGUGGUGUUACAGAAGGAGUUAUAACAGUACAUAAGAUGCUUUUUGGAAUAUUCUCAUAUUGUGCAAGAAAAACAUGAAUCAUAAUCAGGUUUAGUAUAAUUUAUGAAAAUAAUGCAAGCUUAAAUCCACACUGUUUUUAAA